CUCUCUCUCUCUCUCCCUCUCCAUUGUUCAUUUUCUCUCACUUCAAACAUGCACAGGCAACUCUGAAACUUCUAACUCCAAUUUAGGAACACUCUUGGAUGAUGAUAUUAUAGCAUAUCUCUAGAAACUUGAUUCUUCUCUCUCUCCAAAACCCUAUUUAAAGAUAACCAUAGACCUCUUCUUUCUCCCAUGCAUUACUUGUCUUGAUUUCAUUCUCGAUCCCCAACAUCACAGGCUAUUCUACACACUCUACAACCCCACCUUCCUCCAUUCUUUUUUUACUACUUAAUUUACUUCUCCCAUCUCUAUAACCAUUUUCAAAUUCUCAACCGCCACUAGCUUUGUUUCAUAACUGAUUGUUUUACCAACUCACUAAAAACAUAUUGGUGGCUAUAGGAUUCUCAAAUUAGACCUAAAAGUUCUUGUUUUAUUUAUAUAUUAUAUAAGAUGUCUAGCAGAAGGUCACGGUCAAGGCAAACAGGUACUUCAAGGAAUAUCACCGAUGAUCAGAUCAACGAUCUUGUCUCCAAGUUGCAACAGCUUCUUCCAGAGAUACGUGAGAGGCGCUCUGACAAGGUUUCAGCUUCGAAGGUGUUGCAAGAGACAUGCAACUAUAUUAAAAGCUUACACAGGGAAGUGGACGACCUAAGCGAGCGUUUGUCUGAACUCUUGGCUACAACUGACACUGCACAAGCUGCUAUAAUUAGAAAUUUACUUAUGCAAUAGAUCAGUACGUAGUAGUUUAUCCCAUAAUUCAUAGUUAGCACUUCACUGCUUCUCAGCGGAUCCAGUAGUCGUGUAUUUCUUAUUCUCUUUUCUGUUUAUCUCUUUUUUUUGCCAUGGUUUUUGUUCACUAAUAUGUAUGAUUACUUCUUCUGCAAAGCUCCUUCUCUUUAGAUAUUAAAUAAAAGUUUCAGAGUUAGUGCUUUGCUAAAUAUAAAUUGUCUCUUUCUAUGCA